GGCGAGGCGGCGACUUUUUCAUACAUUCCAUUUACUUAAUUUUUUUUCCAUAGUCCUUCUCAAUCUCACAUCUCUCAUUGUUAUAUAAUAAACACCAUCACCAUUUCCUCUCUUCACAAUCUUUAAAACAAUUAUCUUUCUUCUAAGCAAAAUAAAAAAAAUUAAUGGCAAUGAAUGGUUUGUCCAAGAUGGUCGCAACCGCUCUUCUCUUAGUCCUGGCCGUCGUCCCAGCCGCUUUCGCUGAGACAUUCACGGUAGGAGGCACUGCUCAAUGGAACAGUGGUGUGGACUACACAGCAUGGGUUACAGGAAAGACUUUUAGAGUUGGUGACACUCUAGAGUUCAAGUAUGGUCCUUCACACUCAGUAAACGAAGUGAACAAAGCCGGUUACGAUAGCUGUGGAGGCACACCGAUCGAUUCUCAUUCCGACGGAGACACAACGAUCGAUCUCAAGACAGUUGGACCAAAAUACUUCAUCUGCCCUACACCUGGUCACUGUCAAAGUGGCAUGAAGCUUGCCGUUACGGUCGUAGCCGCCUCUUCCGGAACUCCAGGCUCCCCUACGCCGCCGUCUACAACUCCGACAACUCCUACCACACCGGACUCACCGCCGGCUGCAGGAACUCCGGAAACACCCACACCGGCUUCAGGGUCAACAUCUCCUCCUCCACCCAAGGCAAGUGGUGCCUCUAAGGGAGUGAUGAGUUACGUUUUGGUCGGAGUUUCGAUGGUGUUGGGUUAUGGUUUGUGGAUGUAAUCGGUUUAGAGAGCCAGGGUGGAGUCAGUGCGUUUGCUUUUGAUCUAUUUGGUUUUGGUUGUGUGCCACAUCAUCAGCUCUUAUAAUUAGGAUUUUAUUAUUUUGGCAUUUUGAUUAUCGUUAUCACAUCAUUAUCAUUCCACUUUUCUUUUGUUUUUUUUUCUUGUUGCAAUAAAUUAUUAUUAUUUUCCAUUUCUUUUUCCGUUCGUGUGGAACCACUCCAUCAUUCGUAUUUCAUAUUCUCUUUCUCCGUGUAUUUGGUCUUGGAGUCACAUGUACAGCUCUUCUCCACCACCAUAUCCCACUCGUGAUCUACAUGACUCUUGUGUACAUUAGUUCAUUAUUGAUUUUUAAUAUUAUGUUUUCAAUAAUGAAUCACAUAUAAUUGCUG